AAAUGUACUUAGCCAAACAAUAGAAAUUUGGCUUCGAAUUUUUGGUAUCUGGCCAGAAUCAUCAUGUGUUUCGUUACGCAAACUGUUUUGGAUCAUUGCGCUCGCAACCGAGCAAAUUCUUCAUUAUCAAUAUAUUAUAACAUAUUUCCAUUCUAUUGAAUUUUUCGAAGUGAUGAGCGUGUUAGGUGAAACAAUAGCUUUUUCGAUAUUGUUAAUUAAACUUGUCAUUUUUUGGUGUAAACAGCGAACUUUUGGCAAAGUAUUAACGAUGAUGGCAAUCGAUUGGGAAAAAUGUCUCAACGCAGAAUUUAGUAUGUUUGUGACGACAUGGAAUGCUAGGUUGUCCCGAUAUUUUGCUAAUGUGACGGUAGCCCUUCAUACGAUAAAUAUAAUUAUCUACAGUAGUGUUAUCGUAAAACAGACAGACGACAAAGCUUCCAAUACUUCCACGCGACCGCUCCUUAUGAAUAUGGAUCUACCAUUCGACUUCGCUCAAACAUAUAUAUAUGAACUGAUUAUAAUUAUUCAGUUUGUGUAUUUACUGUUAUGUGCCUGUGCAAAUGGCCUUUUAAAUGCCUUAUUGAUAAAUUUAACACUACAUGUAGGUGGUCAAAUCGAUAUUCUUUGCGGAUGGCUGACGGAAGUUUUUCCAAUGAAAGAGAGAUGCGAGAAUCCGAAUCUUUUUAUGAUAAAAAAAAUAAUUAAAAAACACCAACAAAUCAUUACCUUUUCACGGCACAUUGAAGAUCUGUUUUCGAAUAUUGCGAUAGCGCUAUUCGUAUCAGAUACUUUAAUUAUCGGCUGUUUGGGUUUUGUAAUAGUCACGUCAAUUGAAACACCUGAUGCUGUAAAAAUUAUAAUGAAAACACUAUUAUUUUAUCUCGUUGUAAAUAUAGAUGCCUUUGCAUUCUGUUUUGCUGGAGAAUAUUUAAGUACUAAGAGCAACAGUAUCGGAGAUGCUGCGUAUAAUUCGUUCUGGUAUGAAUCAAAUUCCAAAAAUAACCGAAUUAUAUCAUUUUUAAUAAUGAGAUCACAAACGCAAUUAACCAUUACAAUUGGAAAAGUUACGAAUUUGUCUUUAGAACGGUUUAGCAGUAUUAUAAAGGCUUCAGCCUCAUACAUUUCGGUUCUACUUGCGAUGAAUUAAAGUGAAACUAAA